UCGACGAUUUACUCAGCCUUUUACUCCCCCAUAAUUCAUCGCCGCUGUAAUCCGGUGAAACGGAUGCCAGAGAAUUCGAUUUUCCCUGAACACUCCAUUCAAUACCGGAGCCGCACGGAGGAGGAUGGUGGUGAGCCUGUCUCUGAUGGAUGCCAAGACGAGCAGGUAACAGUCUCGGCCGGAGAUGUUGACCGGAACAUCACCGGUGGUCGGUGGCCUCCAGAGGAGACUAAGGCUUUGCUCAAGAUAAGGUCUGAUAUGGACGCUGCUUUCAGGGAUACGUUCCCCAAAGUUCAUCUCUGGGAACAAGUUUCCAGGAGACUAGGGGAGCUAGGAUAUAAUAGAAGUGCUAAGAAAUGCCAGGAGAAGUUUGAAAACGUGUACAAAUACUACAGAAGGACCAAGGAAGGUCGUUAUGGCCGACCCAGUGGCAAGACUUACCGAUUCUUUGACCUGUUAGAACCCCUUAUGAACUCUCCAUACCCUGAAAAGUAUGAAGAACAAGUGAGAAACACAGAAAUAACCACAACCCCAAUGGAUUUGUCUGAUGUUAUUAUUCAAGGUGCAAUUCCACAUCCUUACCCUGAAAAGAAUGAGGAUCAAACGGAAAACAUAGCAACAACUACAACCCCUAUAGAUUUGUCUAAUGUUAUUCAAGAUUUGAUUCCACAUUCCAUUCGAUUCUCUGGUGUCCCCUCUGGUUCAACCACUCCCUCUUCGAGCGAAGAAUCAGAGGAAAAUAUUCGGAAGAAGAGGAAACUGACCCAAUAUUUUGAAAGGUUGAUGAACAAAGUACUAGAGAAGCAAACGAAGCUUCAGAAAAACUUUAUGGAGAUUUUGCUCAAAUGUGAACAAGAUAGAAUGGCAAGAGAGGAAGCAUGGAAGACGCAAGAAUUAGCUAGGAUUAAGAGGGAGCGAGAGCUUUUGGCUGAAGAAAGAUCAAUUGCUGCGGCAAAAGAUGCUGCAGUGCUUGCCCUUCUGAGGAAGUUCGCAGGACAUACAGGAUCCACAGAAUUACCCGAGAACCUACUUCCUGUUGAUAUAGAUAAGGACGAGCAAGAAAAUGAUAAUGCUGGUAGUAGUGCUGUUGAAAAGCAAGACUGUAGAAAUGGUGGGAAUUUCACACUGACGAGUCCAUCUUCCUCACGAUGGCCCAAAGAUGAAGUGGAAGCAUUGAUUAGAUUGAGGACAAACUUUGAUGUGGAGAAUGAAGGAAAUGGGCUUAAAGGAUCUAUUCCUAUAUGGGAGGAGAUAUCUUGUUCAAUGAAAAAACUUGGGUACGAUCGGAGUGCCAGGAGAUGCAAAGAGAAAUGGGAGAAUAUGAACAAAUACUUCAAGAGGAUGAAGAAGAAAAACCAGAAAAAGCCUCAGAGUUCUAAAACAUGUCCUUAUUUUCAACAGCUUGAUGCUCUGUAUAAUAGUGAAAAGCCUAAUGAGACGGUGGAGGAUUCAGCCAGUUCUGAUAAGGAUCAACUGAAACCCGAGGAGCUACCGAUACAUCUUAUGGAGGGUCAGUCUCCGUCCUCAUCUGACAGAGAAGAAGGAUCAGAAUGAUGGACGAAGUGGGGGUGCCCAAUGCUCAUGAAGCAUGGUUUGAAGAGAGAUAAGAGACCCUGUUUUAGUGAAACUUGCUCUAAAUCUGAUACCACCCAUCUCAUGGCAGUGUUUUUGUUUGGUACAUCAGCGAAUCU